ACAAUUAGACGUUUUUUUAAAUCAUGCCCCCAGGAAAAAAUUUCAGGAGGAGGAAAGAGGAUUCAUCCGACGAGGAAGAUGAUGAGACAAAAGCCGUGGUCAGGUCCAAACUGGAUGAAGCUAAGGAGCUUCAAAGUUUACGAAAAAGGCAGCAUGGAGUAAGCAUUGCAACGUUACUUGUAGGAGAGAAGCUUCCUUUGGAGGCUGAGCUUGAGGACGACCCAUUUAAACUGAAGACUGGAGGUGUUGUUGACAUGAAGAAAGUGAAAGACAGAAACCGAGACAUGACAGCUGAUGAAAACGACUUGAAUCUUGGUACCUCCUUUUCUGCUGAGACUAACAGACGAGAUGAAGAUGCAGACAUGAUGAAGUACAUUGAGACCGAAUUAAAGAAAAAGAAAGGCAUGGUGGAGGCGGAAGAGCAGAAAGUGAAGGUGAAGAAUCCAGAGGACCUCCUGUAUGAGCUUCCAGAGAGCAUCCGUGUCAGCUCUGCCAAAAAGACAGAAGAGAUGUUGUCCAAUCAAAUGUUGAGUGGAAUUCCAGAGGUGGAUCUGGGGAUAGAUGCAAAGAUAAAGAACAUCAUCAGCACAGAAGAAGCCAAAGCAAAGCUGCUUGCAGAGCAGAGGAAUAAAAAGAAGGACAGCAGGACCUCCUUUGUUCCCACUAACAUUGCUGUAAAUUACGUCCAGCAUAAUCGCUUCUAUCAUGAGGAUGUAAACGCUCCCCAGAGACGGCACAGAGAAGAACCCAAAGCCAGGCCACUACGAGUAGGAGACACUGAGAACCCUGUGCCUGAGACUUCACCACCUAAUUACCGCAAGAGGCCUAAUAACGAGAAGGCCACAGAUGACUACCACUAUGAGAAAUUCAAGAAGAUGAACCGACGAUACUAAUCCUCCACCAUUGUUAGUCACCUGAAUUUCUU